GCGCGACAGUCCCAGGUACGCGGACAAGAUGGCGGCGGUAGCGGUCGACAGCGCGAUGGAGGUGGUGCCUGCUGUGCCUGAGGAGGCCGCGCCCGAGGCCACGGGCCUCAGCUGCCUCGUCAACCUGCCGGGAGAGGUGCUGGAGUACAUCCUGUGCAGCGGCUCGCUGACGGCCGCCGACAUUGGCCGCGUCUCCAGCACCUGCCGGCGGCUGCGCGAGCUGUGCCAGAGCAGCGGGAAGGUGUGGAAGGAGCAGUUCCGGGUGAGGUGGCCUUCCCUGAUGAAACACUACAGCCCUACCGACUACGUCAAUUGGUUGGAGGAAUAUAAAGUUCGGCAGAAAGCUGGCUUAGAAGCCCGCAAGAUUGUAGCCUCGUUCUCGAAGAGGUUCUUUUCCGAGCACGUUCCUUGCAAUGGCUUCAGUGACAUUGAGAAUCUGGAGGGACCAGAGAUAUUUUUUGAGGAUGAACUGGUGUGCAUCUUAAAUAUGGAAGGAAGGAAGGCUUUGACCUGGAAAUACUAUGCAAAGAAAAUUCUUUACUACCUGCGGCAGCAGAAAAUCUUAAACAAUCUGAAGGCUUUUCUUCAGCAGCCUGAUGACUAUGAGUCGUACCUUGAAGGUGCUGUGUACAUUGACCAGUACUGCAAUCCUCUGUCUGACAUCAGCCUCAAGGACAUCCAGGCCCAGAUCGACAACAUCGUAGAGCUGGUCUGCAAAACCCUUCGAGGCAUCAACAGUCGCCACCCAAGCUUGGCCUUCAAGGCAGGUGAGUCUGCCAUGAUCAUGGAAAUAGAGCUCCAGAGCCAGGUGCUGGAUGCCAUGAACUACGUCUUGUAUGACCAACUCAAGUUCAAGGGAAAUCGCAUGGAUUACUACAAUGCCCUGAACUUAUACAUGCACCAGGUCCUGAUUCGCAGAACAGGAAUUCCGAUCAGUAUGUCUUUGCUGUACCUGACAAUUGCCCGGCAGUUGGGAGUCCCGCUGGAACCUGUCAACUUUCCAAGCCACUUCUUACUAAGGUGGUGCCAAGGGGCUGAAGGGGCAACCCUGGACAUCUUUGACUACAUCUACAUUGAUGCCUUUGGGAAAGGCAAGCAGCUGACGGUGAAGGAAUGUGAAUACUUGAUCGGCCAGCACGUGACUGCAGCACUGUAUGGCGUGGUCAACGUGAAGAAGGUGUUGCAGCGGAUGGUGGGGAACCUGCUCAGCCUGGGCAAGCGGGAGGGCAUUGACCAGUCGUACCAGCUCCUGAGAGACUCCCUGGACCUGUAUCUGGCGAUGUAUCCGGACCAGGUGCAGCUGCUGCUCCUCCAGGCCAGGCUCUACUUCCACCUGGGGAUCUGGCCAGAGAAGGUGCUUGACAUCCUCCAGCACAUCCAAACCCUCGACCCUGGGCAGCACGGGGCGGUGGGCUAUCUGGUGCAGCAUACCCUGGAGCACAUUGAGCGCAAGAAGGAGGAGGUAGGCGUGGAGGUUAAGCUGCGCUCCGAUGAGAAGCACAGGGAUGUCUGCUACUCCAUCGGGCUCAUUAUGAAGCACAAGAGGUACGGCUAUAACUGUGUCAUCUACGGCUGGGACCCCACCUGCAUGAUGGGACACGAGUGGAUCCGGAACAUGAACGUCCACAGCCUUCCUCACGGGCACCACCAGCCCUUCUAUAACGUGCUGGUGGAGGAUGGUUCCUGUAGAUACGCAGCCCAAGAAAACCUGGAAUAUAAUGUGGAGCCUCAAGAAAUCUCACACCCAGAUGUGGGACGCUAUUUCUCAGAGUUUACCGGCACUCACUACAUCCCCAACGCAGAGCUAGAAAUUCGGUAUCCGGAGGAUCUGGAGUUUGUCUAUGAAACGGUGCAGAAUAUUUACAGUGCGAAGAAGGAGAACAUAGACGAGUGAAGUCUAGUCCCGAGCACAUUGCCCCUUUGCCGCUGCUGCUAUCUUCCCAGAGAACGGGAUUCCGGAAGCGGACGUCUCCAGUGCCCCCUGGAGUCACGGCACCAGGAAAGCCACUUCAGCCAGGAGUGCUGCUUGCCUCCUGCUCAGCUUAGAUAGGUGCGCUCUCCUCCAGCUGCAAAGACAAUGUUGCUCUCGGCCUACACUAGUGAAUUGAUGGGAAAGGCACUGUGUUCGGUGGCAUGGCUUGUAUGCUUGUCCUGUGGUGGCAGUUCGUGACACCCUGUCUUCAUGAGGUCUCCAACAGUUGACACCCUCAUAACCAUUCUAUCCACGUGGCAUUCCUCCAUCUGUCUACACCUGUCUCAGAACAUUUCAUUUGCUGGAUGGAUGGGUCAUCCAGUGGCAGUAACUGCUCUCUGAUCUCGGGCACACGGUCCCUAACAGGAGAGGCUGUCCAGUUAGCUGCGUCUUCAGAGGUUAAGUGCUUUCUUGGCAGCAUCUUGGAGAUGGAGACAUUAACAAACUAAUGAUAAUUAGAAUCAUUUGAAUUAAUUUUUUUUAAUAUGUGAAACACAAAUUUCAAAUGUUUAUCUUUUUCUAGACUGGGAGAAUAAUAGUUUUCCCUUCCGUAUUCCUCUGUUGGGUUUAUGCACAUCACUACAGAUCUUUAGUUUUCUGUUACACAGAAUCCUUUGAGAGAGCGCAUGAUGAUUGCCUUUAUGAGUGGAUUUCUCCACAUUUCUACUCUUGCUUCCCUUAAAGUGACUACUUGUGUUCUUAAUCUGCUGCAGCACAUUAUUAAACCAGCCAUGGGUUCUUUCUGUGGUGAAACAUAGAAAUCUGACACGAAAAAAUGUUAGCUCCUCAGAGUCCUACCCCCUGGUGUCCAAAGACCAGAAGUCUGGGAUUUCACUCUUGUCAUUAAAAAAAAGAAGAUAAACGGAAUCUUGAAAACUUUGGGAAGAGGAGCUUUCACACCCUUGGUCAUUACGUAGUCACUUCAGGACUUCUCUGGAAGUGGCGGGGUAGACAUGCACAGAUGGUUUUUCGUUUCUGGCGUGCGGGCGCCCAGGGACAGAGGUGCGUGUGCGCUCUUCAUGCCCAGCUGCCAGUGCCCACGCCUGGCCCCGGGAAGGGUGGGCCUCGCUGUUCCCGUGCUGUCCUCUGUGCUGCUCCCAAGCUCCUGCCACCCGCACUGCCAGUGUUCGGCCAGCUCAUCUUGUAAUUAACCAGUAGAAACUGCUUUCUGGAGGUAGUUGUUUUACUCUGCGUUUCAAGUAUGCAACACAGUUAACUCGAGCGAAUGAGGCUCCAGGCCUUAUGGGCCCACCGGCCUCCACGCCCGCCCGCCCAUCUAUCCGUCUGCAUGCUAUUUCCUCACACCCUGUUGAAUGACUGCUUGCUGAUUCCUCCAUGGAAAGCCCAGGGUGACGGAGGUUUGGGGAAGCCCCCGAGAGCAUCUCCUAGCUAGGGAAGGCUGUGGGAUGGCUGUUGGGGUUUUGACCAGUCGGCUCCUUCGAGCCCCGAGGAGUUCUUCCUCACCUCCCCAAUCCAGAGUCAGAGGGUUUGGACUUGAGUUUGAGAAUGUGACCACACCAUCCCUCGCCCGCUGAGGCCAGGGGACUUGACACUACACUGCUUUCAAGGUGACAGGUCGAGAACAGGAAGUUGUUCCGAGGCACACCACUCGGAAUUGGGGAGCGUGCCAGAGGUAGACACGUUGGUCUUGUGGUUUGAUUUCCGUUUCCCUUAGAGUCGCAUCAAAGGCAAGAAAGCUGGUUUUACCUUUGCUGACCCAGUUGUAAAUAUGUAUCUGGACUGUUUUUAAAUGUGUUUCUUCAUGAAUGCUCCCCCUGGCUCCGGAAAACCUGUAUCACCUGUGUACGUCGCUAUUUGGGCACUUUAUAUUUUUCUAAAAAUGUGUUUUGGAUCCUGUACUCUAAUAAAUCAUAAGUUUCUUUUUAAAAUUUUUUUCCAAAAGUUUUCUCCAUUUUAAAAAGCCCUGUUAUAAUAGUAGACCUUUCACAAUGUUAAAGUAUUAAACAUUUACAGGUCUUAGCUUCCUUUCUCUUAGAAUGAAUGCCAAUUUUUUUUUCUUUUUGUACAAUGAUCAAUAAACGAAACUUACCCAGAGAA